GAGUGAGUGAGAUCAGGAAUCUGCUGAGUCAUCAUGACUGGUCUCAUGAUGAUCGCUCAGCAGCAGCAACAAUAGCCGCCCUUUAUCGAACACACACACACACACAGGUCUGAGAGAUGAGAGCCAGACCAAUGCACCAUACAAAGCAUCUCAUUGAGAGCUUGUGGAGAUGCUCAUCUGUGGCACUGUGUGCUCUAAGGACUGAUCUCAUCUUUUGCACUUCCACGCUCCCCCUUUGUUGACUUCUGAUUCACACUGUUGUGUCUCCAUCCUUUUGUUCGUUGUUAACACUUUGGCACAUAUGCACAUACAUCAUUUUAUCUGGUUUGCCUUAUUGUCAUGUAUUCAUUUUAUGUAUCUCCAGUAGGUGUAUAGGUGUCUGUAGAUUUCUACGCCCCAAUGCUGCAAUCUCUAGUAAGGUGUGUAUAUGUGCGUCAGGGCUCUAACAGUCGGUUUUCCCCUGGAGUUCUUCCCACAGAUUUUACCACUUCCUCUUCUUUCACGCUCAUUUCAUUACUGUUGGCCUAAAGCCAACCAAUAAGAGUUCAACAACACAAAGGUAGUGGGCACUGUCAGUGUAACCACCAGGAAACAGGAAGUCAGGGAAAUUCUAAGAAAAGUUUGUGAGUCACUUUCACUCAUACACUUUGAUACAGACUACUACUAACUACUGAUGCAUGAUACUGUGACAUGCUCACACAACAGUGCUCUAGCAGCACAUUUAGAAUUGGGUCUCCACUGGUCUGGGUCUGUUCAGAAGAGCAAGGCUCCUGUGGCAUGACGACGACUAACAAAGGAAAUAAAGCCUUGAAGGUGAAGCGCGAGCCAGGGGAGAAUGGCACCAGCCUCACGGACGAGGAGCUGGUGACCAUGUCGGUGCGGGAGCUGAACCAGCACCUCCGAGGGCUCUCCAAGGAAGAGAUCCUGCAACUGAAACAGCGGCGGCGCACUCUGAAGAACCGGGGCUACGCUGCCAGCUGCCGGGUGAAGCGGGUCACCCAGAAGGAGGAGCUGGAGAAGCAGAAGGCCCAGCUGCAGCAGGAGGUGGACAAACUGGCCAAUGAGAAUGCUUCGAUGCGCGUUGAGCUGGACGCUCUGAGGUCUAAGUACGAGGCAUUACAGACCUUUGCCAGGACUGUGGCACGGAGCCCCACCGUCGGGGUCGGGGUCAGGGCUGGAGGGGGUGGCGGAGGGGUGGCAUCAUCGGUCAUCGGCCCACUCAUACCGGGGAAGGUGGCAACAGCGACGAGUGUGAUUACAAUAGUGAAGUCAAAAACAGAUGCACGGUCUUGAGGGAGGGAAAGAUAGAUGAGGGUGUAUCGGGAUGGAGUUCAGCUGCAUCAGAGUAAUUCUUCUUCUCUGCUGCGCCCCCCUCUCCUCCACCUGCACUGACUUCAAACAGCUGGGCAAUCCUGAUCGCUUCGCCUCAGCAUGUUCCUGUCACCUGUCUCAGAUCAGUGCAGAUGAAGGAAAGGAUGGAAGCAGAGGACGGUUAUUUAGACUGUAAAGAUGCAAGCCCUUGGUCAGCGCGUGAUCAUUUAGCACAGCACAGAUAGACAGGGUUCCUAUGGUCACUGAAAGCCUGGAAGAGUCAGAGAAUCUGAGAAGUGGUAUAUUCCAGGCCAAGGAGAAAAAAAUCUUUAAACACACACACACACACACAAACACACACACAAAUGCCCCAAACUCUUUGGAAAAAUCAUGCAAUUUUGUUCAGUUGCCAUUUAAAUCAGUCAAAUGUUCAGUGUCAGGUUUUACUGCUGGUAGAUGUAGAUAUCUGUAAACGCAAAAUAAUCCUGUCACACAUUUGCACACUCGAUUUGAAGCCUGAGGCAAAAUUAAAAUUAGCAACACCAACAAAAAUAUUCUACAACAUACAUUACAUAUGGUCCCGGAGCUCCAAAAGAAUACACAAGGUUUUAAUGUGACCUGCUGAUUUCAGUGGCUGCAGAGAAUUCCCAUCUUGCUCCACCUAGCCAAGAACUUUUUCAGAAAAGUACUAUAGAAAAAUAUAUAUUACACAAUGGUGGUAACUGUAUUUCUACUGUUUUGUACUGUGUUGUCAUUCACAUGAGGUCCAAAGUGUAUUCUCUGUGUGUGAAUUGUUAUAUAUCAGGAAUUCUGUGAAAUUCUGUGGCGCGUGUUCGUUUUUGGUAUUGCUAUAUUUAGUUAGCUGUAUUUUUUCUACGGUCUCCUCACUUUCUAUGUCCGAGUCUUUCUCUCUCUCUCUCUCAUUCUCUCUUCUAUCUAUUCUUUCUCUGUCCUUCCAUUUUUUUCAAUUCCAACUGGCUUCCAUAAUUACAUACAGUACUUCCUGGAUCUAACAGAGGGGGGAGAGAAAAGACAAUUGAUAUUUACAAACAAACAAAAUGCAAGGUAUCACUGAAAAAAGUGGAUAAAGUUAUUUAGAGCCUCUGACCUUGUCUCAGUUUGUAAAAAUUUUCAGGGAAACGGUCGUUUGAACACUUGAGCUGAAUUGAGAUAAAGUUGUUCUGAGUCUGUUUGAGUUCCUCUCAAAAGCAUAUGUUUGAGAAAUUUGGAAGGGCAAGUGCCUUGGUCUCCUAAUGAUAUGCAUCAAGAAGAAGUCAAGAGGACAUAUGAGGAAUUGUGGAAGGACGGUGGAGAUUCAGUGGAGGCGUUUGCUUAUACCUGUGCUUAAUGGGAUACACUGACCAAUCAGGAAUCAGGUUGUGACAGCAUUUAACUCUCGCUGUGCGUUGUUGUAUGAGCUGUGUAGUAGCCAUCAGGAUUAAUAAUAAUAUUAAUAACACCCAUUUAUGUGACUUGGCAGUUCAUUUACCUAAAGAAAAAAAUAAAUAAAAGCAACCCACAUUUACCCUCAUUCUCUUGCACAGAAUAUGCUUGGAAAGGUAAUAUUCUGUUAUGAGGAAUAAUCCAUGUAUCUGUUUUAUGUUAACUACUUGGUUUAUAUGUUUCUGAAUUUGACUGACUCAGAAAUCUAGGUUGUUACGCCUACGGCAUUUUUUUUGCUUCAAAACAAAGCAGUUUACGUUGCAUUCCUCUUGCUUUUAACCACAGAGCUCACUUUGCAAGAGCAGAUGUGAUCACUGACAGUGCAGUCAGACUAGUAAGGACAACAAAGGUAUUUCUCUGAAUUUCCAGUCACACAAAUGGGCUGUCAUUUCACACAAGCUUUACCAUAAAAGUAGUCUUAUGUGGUGUUCUAUACGCAAAGAAUCUUUGUCUAUGUAUGGUAGAGUCUGGAGUUUUAUAAAGACAAUUAUCUUUGCAUUGUUUGUAAAAAAAAAGAAAAAAAAAAGGUAUAGCGAAAUCUGUUUGAUAUACAGUAUCUCUAUUUUGCAAUUGUACCAAAAGUGGCUUAACUACUGAAUAGCUUUGUUUUUUCUCUAUAGUGACUAGGCACGUGUGUGUAACCGUGAACUAGCGUGUGGUGUGCUGUGUAGGUAUGUGACGAGGUAACUAUAAUGUUCACUAUUUCAUGGAUAUGACUUUGUUCCUUGUUUGAUUUCAGGCCGAAAGCAGGUGAUGACACUGUCGGUAACUGCACUCUUUUCUCUAAUCAUAAAAUCUUUGUCCUCCUGGCCCCCGUUAUUCAGCUCCAGCACUGCAGAUGUAUUAGAUCAUUUGUUAAUCUGCUCGUAAUCUGCUCUCAUUAUUUGUAAUUUUAUGAAAGUUCUUUUUUUGUUUGCAGACCCAUUUUCUGUAUUUCUGAACACGCCUUCUGUGUCUCUGUUUAGCUUCUCACAGUGUUUAAAGCUCAUUAAGGCAGAUAUGACAUAUAUGACAUGACCAAUGAGAUGAGGAAGUGUUUUGGAUAACCUCUAAAAGCUUCAUAAUAUUUGUAUUCCGGACAUCUGGUAACAGAGAUGUGAAACUAAGCAAUGGGCCUGUAUAUCACCCCUGCUCCUUUAAUAAGUUAUUUUUUGUAGCGUGUGAUAAAGAUAUUUGUUUUUGCUGUGUACAUUUUAUAUAGUUAUGUAUAUUUAAUGUUGUUCCUGUUUCAUUUGCUUUUGAACUGUUUAACUGUAAGUGUCAGGGAAGUGAAAUAACAUUUGUUAUUGUAUUUGGUGUUUUAUGAAGUGAAAAAAAAAAUCUAUUCUGCUAUUUAAUGGUUUGUCUGUCAGAGUGAGGUUUACCAUUAUAAAGUACAAUUGCCUCAAACAGUUUUUAACUAAGGAAAACCAGAUUUAAAUUGAGUCAUAUACUGAACUAGAAGCAAUUUACAAUGGUAAGAACAUUACAUACAUGCAGCCUUUUAAAUGAACUGCUACUUUUCCACUGUGAAGAAAAAAGGGUUAUCCAGCUUACUGCUGUGCAGUUAUUAAGAUUAGCAGGGUGUGUUCUCAUCUGUACAGUAUGUUAAUAUAAAAUAGGAUUCAGACAGAUGAACAAUGAGCAAAGGCAUAGGAUGGGAACAGGUUUGAGAUUUUAAAAUAUAAUUUCUCCAUAAUCUUUACACUGAUAACCAUUUGCAUGUUCAGUCAACCGUGAAACCAGAGAGCUACAAAUGUCAAAUGAAAAUGUCCAAUACAUUUUCUUUAAAUGUCUUAUCACAGGAAUAUACUCUGUGGUGUUCAGCUACAAGCAUAUCAAGAUAUCACACUCAUUGUAUGUAUGUAUUUCUUUACAUUUGAAAAGAUUUGUCCUGUUUUUAUGGGCAGAAUGCUAAUAUUUGAUUUUAUACAGUGUUUUUUUCCCAUAUUUUCUCUCUGUCACUCUGUGGCUUCCUGUCUGUGUUUGCAUUUGUUUGUUGAAUGUUGGGUUGUUUUUUUUCGAUCAGCAGGUCCUGUGUGGUGCAUGUGGCCAUGUGGUAUAAAAUAGGAAGAAGCACAAUGUGCUAAGAUUAGGUUUAUGUUAAUUUGAAGCAAAAUAUGAGUGCACCAUCUCCCCCACCCCCUCGACCCCCACCCCCCCAGUAUUUGUCAAACUGUACUUCUGUAUGUACCACUGUCAGACAAUGUUUUCACCUUUUUUCAUUUCUUUACGCUUCCCUAGUUUAAAAAGGAUGUAUACUGUGUAAACAGAAGUGUGUCAACAUGGUGGCUGUUAUUAAAUAGACAUCUCUCUAAUCAUGCAAACUGUGUAGGGCAAAAUUAGAACUCCUGCCACACAGGAGCAGUGACGCUAUCGUAGUCGUUGUGUCAAACUGUCGUAGAAUCGCAGGUACAGUGUGAUGUGAUAAGGUUAUAGAGCUUAUACACAGAGUGUUGUGCAUUUUAUAUAAAUUGCAGCAGCAGUUUGUCUCUGUUAAAUCUGGCUUAAGUGUUGUGGCUUUCCUUGCUUUUUUCCCAGUGUCACUUUACAAUUAACUGUGAAAACAUAUCCAGUAUUUUUUAUCCUUGCCGCCAAUUGAGAAGAAAACAGGAUGUGAAAUAUACUGUAGCUGUCGUGCAAGUCCUACAGUCAAACUACACAAAAUCAUUAUUUUUGUCUUCCAUACUCAAAUAUCUUGUGGUUUUAGUAUUUCUCCGGUUUGUUGGGUCUCUAAACAAAUGAGGUGAGACAUUACAGAAGUUUAAUCCUCAUUCUCACUCAGCAGACAUGAUCAGAUGACAACAGUGACCUUUAGUGAUCAUCAGACAGGGCAGCUCUGUGGCUUUUCAUAACAGAGUUUAUGAGCUUGUAAGACACGUUGACCUUAUUUUUCCUGCUGCCUGUACAGAGGUCACAGCCUCCAUAUGAAAAGAUAUUUCAUCAGAAAGCCAAGUAACCACUCCUAAACCGCAUCUAUAAAUAUUUUACAGAGGCAGAAAGGAGUGGUGGAGACACAUCUGAUAAAACUCUUACCCAUUUCCCACCCCACUUAUCCCCUACCCCCCUUUUUACAAAGUGUCUGCAAGUGAACUCAGCAAGCCUUUCUUCAAAACAUCUGAUUCCUCUGGAAGAUGCAAAUCAUUAACUCCUUAUCUUGCUGCGUGGCCAAUCGGUAUGCAGUCAUUCAGUUGUUUUCCUGUCUAGUGAAUCACGCCACCAGACUCUAAAAGCCCAUAUCACCCACCUCUGACGCCGAUCGAUGAGAGUGAAUGAAGCAAGGAUUCCUUUGAUCGUUUGUUUUUUUCUGCUCUCAUCAAUAAUAAUGUUUGUUUUGUUUCCCCCAUCUGCUGCUCUCUUACUCUCUGCUGUCCCUGCCCUCAUCACAUAUAUUCUUACCCAGAGUUUAGGUUUCACAUCAAAUUAACUGUUUUAUUUUCUUGUUGUCAGUCAGUUUCCCUCUCUAAUUUCACAUUUUUCCUCCCAUCAAACCACACACGCGUCUGCUGGUGAGCAUCUGGCCAGAUAGCUCUGGGGAGCUGGGAUAUUUUUUGUGUUUCUAAAAGUAUAUAACGGUCGGAUUAAAGCUAUAGAAAAGUAGUGAGUUUGUGUGAAUAUGGCAUAGCCUAUUCAGAAAAGCCCUUGUAAUAGGAAAUUCUGUGUUUUGUAAUAUUUCUGUAUGGGGUGUAAUAAAUUAUUCUACGACAGUACUUUCUAUGGGAAAAUACUUAAAAUGUGACAGUCUUUGUAAGUAUUUAUCUUCAACUAAAUUAUUGUACUUUUUUUGCAAUUUGUAGAUAUGUAAGUGACGAUGACAAGGUACUGGUAAUCAUGAAAUUAACUGUUUCAUCAUCGGUCUGAUGCAUCUUUUAAUUUAUUGAUGUAUAUACUGUAUGUUUGUUGAUAAACAGCUUACUUUAUUUUGUAUAUGACCAAUAAACAUGUUUUAAAAUGGA